AUGGGUGAUUACAAUGCGACUGUUUGUGGAGAUGGCCUCUUUGGACCAAGUGUUUGGACCGAGGGCUGUCGUGGUGGGUUCGACUUUACUUUGUCUUUUCAAGAGAGUAUACUGAGUAUUGCUCCAUCUGCUGUGUUUCUUGCUGUUGCAGGUCCGAGAGCGUAUUAUCUCCUUAAAACUACAGACAAGGCAAAGCGGCACGCGACAUAUACACCUAAGCUUAUCACAUCGGCUAUAUAUGCAGCAUUGCAGGUGAUUCUGCUAGCAUUCGUGCCCUCGAUAAAGAAGCUAAACACUCGCUUUUCCCUCGCAGCAGCCAUAUUAAAUCUUCUAGCAGCUUUCUCGAUCCUUUUGUUAGCUCACGUAGAGCAUGUCAAGUCCGUUCGACCUUCUUUUCUUUUGACGGCUUAUCUAUUCGUCACACUGCUAUUUGAUGCUGCACGACUACGCACGGAAUGGCUCGUUUCUGUCAACAUCGCAUACGCUGCGACUUUGUCUGCCUCGACGGUCUUCAAAUUGGCUCUUCUCGUCUUGGAGACGGUCGAAAAGCGAAAGAUCCUGAUUACUGGUGAUAAAGAGAUCUCGAAGGAGAGUACCAGCGGUCCUUUUAGUCGUGGUUUCUUUGUUUGGUUGAACUCGUUGCUCAUUUCGGGUUGGGCUACGGUUUUGACUAUGGAUGACCUGCCUACUAUCUAUGAGAAACUAUCGUCGGAGAAACUUGCUGUCAGAUUCGGAAAGGCUUGGAAGAGAUCAACUUCGAAGAGCAAGAAGCCUUCCCUGUUCAAAACUGUUGUUAGUGUUUUGCGAUGGGAACUCCUGGGCAUCAUACCGCCUCGCAUCGGCAUGAUCGCUCUCAGCAUCUCACAGCCCUUCCUCGUCAGCAACGCCCUGCGCUUCUUGGCUAUGCCUGACUCCGAGUCUACUACCAACUUGGGCUACGGCUUGAUCGGCGCAUUUGCUUUUGUCUUUAUCGGUUCUGCUAUACUUACAGCGUGGUAUGAGCAUUUGACAUUUAGAGCCGGCGCCAUGGUUCGUGGUGGUCUCAUCACUAUGAUCUACAGCAAAAUGAUGAAGCUUCCCACCGAUGAUCUCGCGGAGUCCUCGGCUGUUACACUCAUGGGAAACGAUGUCGAGACACUCAUUGAGAAGCUUCACUUCUUGCUGGUAGAGUCAUGGGCCACUACUCUCACUGUGGCUAUCGCUAUGUACAUGUUGGCAGCUCAACUGGGCGCUGUCUGCGUUGCUCCCAUUGUCACAGGAAUUAUCUCUUUGUUACUCACAGGUUCGAUCGGAAAGAUGAUGGUCUCGCGUCAGAUCAAGUAUCAGAAAUCUACACAGGAUCGUAUCAACCUUACAAACGAGGUAUUGAGCUCUAUGAAGCCGGUCAAGAUGCUUGGACUAUCGGAGAGAUUCGAAAGUCUUAUCUCUGAGAAGCGAGAUGUGGAGAUCAGCACAGGUAAACACUAUCGUCUGAUUAAUGUCUACCUCAAUAUGAUCACGAACUGCAACAUUGGUAUGACUGAAGCCAUCACCUUUGGCGCCUAUGCCAUCGCAGCAAAACUAAGCAACGGCGAGCCCUUCUCUGCAGCACAGGCUAUCACUGCUUUGUCCAUCCUAUCUGUCAUGAUGGAACCCCUCUCCCAGCUCCUCGGAAGUAUUCCUGGAUCUUUCUCAGUAUUUGGCUGUUUUGAAAGAAUGGAAGAGUUCUUGAAAUUAGAGGAAAGAGUCGAUCGUCGCCAAAUCCAUGGCCGGUACAAAGAAUCCUCCAGACCAUCUCAAGAAAGCUCACAGCCUUUGCAGGAGACGUUCAACUCAACAGCCAUGAAGGAUAUCCAGGUCGGAGCUGAUGGGAGUAAGAUUUUGGUCGCUGACGGAAACUUCAAUUGGGGUGAGAAGGCUGUUCUUCAGGAUAUCAACACUUCUUUUCCGAACCAUAAGGAUGGAUCGCUUACUAUGUUGGUUGGACCCGUUGGUUCAGGCAAGUCGAGCUUGCUUAAGGCUAUCUUGGGUGAAACGACCUCUUCGAACGGCAACGUAUCCUUGAAUUCAUCGGAAGUAGCCUUUUGCGAUCAGACUCCUUGGGUUAUGAACGCUACCAUCCGCGCCAACAUCAUUGCAGAAUCAAAGGGAUACGACAGCGCCUGGUUCGAUACAGUUGUCAGUGCUUGUGAUCUUACCAUUGAUCUGGGACGAUUUCCUGAAGGAGAUCUCACUCAAGUUGGUGAACAGGGUGUUAAGUUGAGUGGAGGGCAGAAGCAACGACUUGCCAUUGCUCGUGCUGUCUACUCGAGAAAGCCGAUUGCUAUCUUUGACGAUGUUUUCAGUGGACUUGAUAAGGUUACUGAGCAGAUCAUAUUUACUCAGGUCUUUGGAAAGGAAGGCCUUUUGAGGAAGAAUGGAACGACCAUUAUCUUGGCUACUCACGCAGUGAACAGGUUACCCGAAUCUGAUUUCGUGAUUGUUCUCGACAAGGGUGGAAAACUCAUCGAACAAGGCACAUAUUCUGAUCUUCGAUCUGGAGAAGGAUACAUCCACAACCUCGACAUUUCCAGCCACGAUGAUCACAAUGAUCAAGCCCAAUCCGAAGUCAAGGUCGAACCUGAAAAGGAAAAGACCGAAACAAAGACUCAACCCAAAGAAGAAGAGCCGACUGAAGUCCCUAGUGACAGAACCGUCUUUAUGUACUACUUCAAGUCGAACGGUAUACAUAACAUGUUCCUCCAAGCAUUUCUCAUUGCUAGUGCUGGAGUCAUUACAGCAUUCCGAUAUGUUUGGGUGACUUGGUGGGGUGAUGGAAGAGGACGGGAUAGUACAGAUGUUGGGUAUUGGCUCAGCAUCUAUACUGUUCUUUCUGCCUUCGAGGGCCUUCUCAUCACGGCUGCUAUCGCAAUGUUCCUCUUGGCUGCUAUAAAUGCACCUUUGUCAUUCCUCAACAACAGCGAAGCAGGCUCUCUUAUCAACAGGUUCAGUCAGGAUUUGCGACACGUCGAUAUCGUUCUUCCCAUUGCUUGUUCAGUCUUCCUCUUUGAGGUUGCUGCGUGCUUCGGUGCUGCUGGUCUGGCCAUGGCAGCCGUGAGUUGGUUCGCCAUCUCAAUUCCUUUUGUCAUCGCCGUCCUUGUCGUCAUUCAGCGUUUCUAUGUCCGGACUUCUAAGCAGCUCCGUCUUCUCGAAAUCGAACACAAGGCUCCUCUCUUUUCUCAUUUCCUUGAAACCAUCAACGGCCUCGCUACCAUCCGAGCUUUCGGCUGGACGCAGCCAUACACUGACAAAGUCCUAACUCGUAUUGAUGACGCCCAGAAACCAUCUUACCUACUCAACUGCAUUCAGCGAUGGCUUACCCUUGUUCUGGAUAUGGUUGUUGCCUUUUUGACAAUCAUCCUAGUCAUCUUUGCCGUCACACUCCGCGAAAAGAUCAAUCCUUCUCUCCUAGGUAUCGCAUUGGUUAACAUGAUGAGACUUGGCUCGAACAUGAAGGGCAUUGUUCUCAACUGGUCAAUUCUUGAGACUUCGCUGGGUGCUAUUGCGCGUAUUCGAAUGUUCUGCUCUUCAGCACCUAGUGAGGAGAAGGUCGGGGAGGAUAAGAACCCAGGGGAAUCUUGGCCGAUGAAGGGCGGCUUGGAAGUCAAGAACGUGGAUGUUCAAUAUGAACGAACAACCGAGCCUGUCCUCCGCGGCCUUUCAUUCAGCGUCAAGCCCGGCCAGAAACUCGGCCUCUGCGGUCGAAGCGGCAGUGGAAAGAGUUCCUUCGUCCAAGCACUCCUCCGAAUGGCAGAAAUCGUCAACGGCCAGAUCACUCUGGACGGGGAGGAUAUCUCUGUUAUACCCCGAUAUUUGAUCCGUCAGCGCUUAAGUUGCUUGACGCAAGACCCUUUCGUCUUUGGAGAUAGCAUCAGAGCGAACCUCGAUCCUUGCAAUGAAUCUUCAGAUGAUGAGGUCAGAAGUGCACUGGAGCGCGUGGGUAUCUGGUCUGUUAUCCGAGCUAAAGUCGAUGAUGAGAAGGAUCCUAUUGAUGAGAAGAUGGAUGAGAACUUCCUUUCGCAUGGCCAACGGCAAUUGUUCUGUCUUGCGAGAGCUCUUUUGAAGAAGAGUUCUCUUCUUAUUCUUGAUGAGCCUACAAGCAGUGUCGAUACGCAAACAGACGCCCGAAUGCAGGAGGUCAUCCGUACAGAGUUCUCACAUUGCACUAUCAUCAUGAUUGCGCAUCGUAUUGAUACGUUGCUUGACUUUGACAAGGUUGCUGUUCUAGAUAGGGGUUCUUUGGUAGAGUUUGGAGCGCCGGAGGAGUUGUUGAAGGAUGAAGGGGGUGCUUUUACGAGAUUGUAUCGUGCCAAUAAGGGGAGGAAGACUGACGACUAG